GAGGCAAGUUAUGUUAGGAGCCCUGAGGAUAUCUGAUAUCUGGAACACAAAACCUAACAGCAUUCCCCACCCCAACCCCCCAACCAUACGGAUUCGACAAGCACCAAGGGACCAACCGAACCUUAGUCAUGGCUUCUUCCCCCUCCUACGAGUUCUAUAGCCGGCUGGUUGCCGCCUUCGAGGCCGACGAGAGCGGCCUCCUCGGGCGCGUGAGCCUGCUGCACUCGACCGUUGGCAUGAUCCAGUACGUCUACUACAUCCACCUCACGCACGCCGACGGCAGGGGCCCGCUGCCGCUAUGGAUCCACCUCUUCCACCUCGCGCACGACUCGGUCUUUGCCUGGGUGCUCGCCACCGAGGCGCCCCGGCACGGCAACCACGCCUACUUCACCUCCAUGUCCAAGGGCCUGGCCGUGUGGAGCCUGCUCGAGGUCUACUGCAUCUACCGCGCCGUCGUCCACGAGCGCGAGGGCCUGUUUGCCGACAAGGACGACGGCGACAAGAAAAAGGGCGGCAGCGGCAGCGGCAACGGCAACAACAGGCCAGAUAGGACCCUCGCCUACGUCCACUGCCUACUCCAGCUCUUCACCUUCUACUGCCUCGUCCUCACCGUCAACUACAUGGUCGGCCCGGAAGCGUUCCCGCACUGGACGCUGCUGGCCAAGGUGCUCGCCUGCGUCGGGCCCGGCGGCCUGUGGCUGGAGCGGGGGUCACGCAGGGGCGCGAGGAUGGGCCUGGCCGUGCUGUCGGUCGUCGACGCGGUGACGUGUUUCUCGCCCUACUCGAGGUGGGUGCUCGUGUGGCCCGAGGUGUUUGACAACCCGGUCUUCUACCUCACGGGCGUCUGCUGCACCAUGGUCGCGCUGUUCAACGUGUACGUUUUGACGAGACUGCCAUAUGUCUGAUGGACUGUGGUUGGUGUGUGGGAAGAUUAUCUGGCAAAAAAAAGCGUGUAUCUU